AUAUUUAUGCUUUUUAAAAAAAGAAAAGAAUAGAAAAUUAUGGAUAGUUUAUUGGAUGUUUAUGCUGUUCUUGACUUAAAUGAGGCACCAAAAAAACUGAAAUCAUUUAAAAGCGCUGACGAAUUCUAUUAUUACUUUGCACCACCUCUUCCACCUAUUAUUGUUUUAUUUAUUGCAUCAAAAUCUAUACAAUGUGAAAAUUUUACGUAUGAUGUUAACCUGGUCUUUGAUAACACUGUGGACGACAAACUUAUUGGGACUUUAAGUGAAAAACAACUGUCACUCACUUGGAAUGGGGUGUGGUCAAAAAAGGAAAUGGAAUGUUCUGAAAGAAUCUUGAAGUCUGAUCGUGUAUUAAAACUGAUGGUAUCAAACAAUUGUGAAAGACAUGAUGAUGAGGGGUUUUCAUCACAAGAUGUUGAUGAGAUAAAUAACACAAAGGCUUCUGUAACUGAUGAACUUAUAAAAACUGUUAACAUAUUUGAAGAAGAAUUCAAAGAAAACCAGAAGGCAAUCAAAAAAUUGCACGCAUGUUCACCAGAAAAGAAAUCAAUUAAACAUUUUUUUAAAAGUAAAGGGAAUGAGAAAGAAAAUAGAAAAAAGGAUAAAAACAACAUUUUUGACUUUGAAACAUCGCCUGAAAAAGGCGAUAAGGAUUGCAUUAGAAAAUCCAAACUUGUUAUGAGAACAUAUGGUAAAAGAAAUAGCCCGUUCACAAGUUUUUCACACGAAUCAAAGAAACAAUGUAAAGUGACACCUAAAGAGAACUCUAAGAUUUCUAAAAUUUUAAAAUCACCUAAUACAAACACAAAGUCACCAACAACAUCAAAGUUAUCUCAACUUUUUCACAAUCAUGCACCAUCUUGUCGUUGGGGUCAUGCAUUUUGUUCAAUCGGUGACGACAAAGCUGUUGUACUAGGUGGGCAGGGACCAUGUCAGCAAAUGUGCGCCGAUUCCCUUUGGCUCUUAAAUAUGAAGAGCGGCUGCUGGACAAAAAAAACUACUGAUAAUCCAUCUAUUGACCGUAGGGUAGGGCACAGUGCUUGUUAUGAUGAUUCAGCAAAACUGUUGUAUGUAUAUGGUGGGUCAAAACACAAGAAAUGGUAUAAUGACGUGCACACUCUUGAUGUCAAUACAUGGACAUGGACUAAGGUCGAGACAAUAGGGAAAGCACCAACCCGUGCGUAUCAUUCUUGUUCCAGUUUUUAUGAAGAACUUUUAAUAUUUGGUGGCGUUUUCCCAAAUCCUGAUCCAAAACCUGAUGGAUGUAGCAAUGAAUUGAUCAUUUUUGAUAAAGUUAAUAAAAGUUGGUACACACCGAUUGUGACAGGAGACAUACCAAGAGCGAGGUCUGGGCAUUCCGCAUGCAUUAUUGAUAAGAAAUUAUUUAUAUUUGGUGGAUGGGAUGCUCCUAAUUGCUACAAUGAUAUGCAUAUGCUAGAUCUUGGUAUAAUGCAGUUUAGCAAACUUGCAUGCACAGGACAAGUACCUUCACCAAGAACAUGGCACUCUACAACUCUUCUGACAAGCUGCAAAUCUCUUUGUGUAUAUGGUGGUUAUGAUGGAGAGAAAACACUUAACGACGUGUUCAUCUUUAACCAAAACGCUAGUGUAUGGUUGAAGCAUUCUGAUCAGAUACUCGCUUCUAAAACAGGGCAUGCAGCUGUUUUAAAGACUCACCAAAGUGAAGAUAAAGAUAAAAUACUUGUAUUUGGCGGGGGUGAUAAUAACGGAGAAUUUUUUGAUGAACUCGUUGAAGUGGCAUUGUAAAUAUUAUUGCAUUUGCUAUGGAUUUUUAUCAUGCAAGGAUUGCACUGGUGAAAGUGCAAUCCUUGAAUGAUAUUGCUUUACCAUACCAUUUUAACUUUGUAAAAUUAUUUUUAUUCAUUUUUAAUUAUUCAUACUGAAUGUUCUGAAAAUUUCUAAGAGCA